AUGUCGAAGCCCGGUGACAAACAGAGCUAUGCGCAGACAUAUAAAUUGGUUGUCGUAGGUGGGGGUGGUGUCGGAAAAUCUGCGAUCACAAUACAAUUCAUUCAAAGCUAUUUUGUAACCGACUAUGAUCCAACUAUCGAAGAUUCUUAUACCAAACAAUGUGUUAUCGAUGAUAUUCCAGCUAAACUUGACAUAUUGGAUACAGCAGGUCAGGAAGAAUUCAGCGCGAUGAGAGAACAAUACAUGAGAAGCGGCGAAGGUUUUCUCCUUGUAUUUUCAGUAACGGACCAUUCAUCUUUCGAUGAAAUAUUGAAAUUUCAUAGGCAAAUCCUUAGAGUAAAAGAUCGUGAUGAAUUUCCCAUGCUUAUGGUUGGGAACAAAGCAGAUUUGGAUUAUCAGAGAAUUGUGUCUGUCGAAGAGGCUCAAAAUAUGGCUCGCCAGUUAAAAAUACCAUACAUAGAGUGUAGUGCAAAAUUAAGAAUGAAUGUUGAUCAAGCUUUUCACGAGUUAGUAAGAAUUGUUAGGAAGUUUCAGUUGUCUGAAAGACCCCCGCUAGAUUUAAAUCAUAAAAAGAACAAAAAGAAAUGUUGUAUGUUGUAAUAUUCAAUAUGUUCUUGAUCAGCUAAACGAAACAAUUGAUACAAAGUGAAAAUCACUAAUCAACAAAGUAUUCGAUAAUGGCAAUUAUAAGGCACAAAAGGUGGUAAUUUUAAGGCAGCAAUGAGUCUUGUCAUAUUUAGAAUACCAAAAAGGUAUUCUCUUUGGUAAAAAAGAACUUAUUUAUACAAACGGAAUUACUAGCCUAGGAUUUUUAUCAACGAAGAUGAAUUUUGUAUAUGUAUUCUUACUCUAACAAGAAUUUUCAUAAUUUCUUUUUAUGAAGUAGUAUAAUAUACAGGGUGUUCUGCAGGAAUGGACUAUGUCUUUAAAAAGAUCGAAUUGAGACAUAAGAUAAUAUUGAUUGGAUUUUUGUACAUUAGCACAGUUGACUUAGGAAUUAAUUUAAUUUAAUUUUAAGUUACUAAAUUAUUUUAAUAGUUCCCCACGUUUUAACAUACCAUUCAACGCGUCCCGCUUUACCUGUGUUUUAUUUAUAACCAUGUAUCAGCCUCUGAUAUUGAUUAGUAUAAUAUCUUAUCAGCUACUUGUGCUACCAGAUAUUUGAAUGAUCUUCCACCCUACUCUACAUAUUUCACCUCUUUUUUUCUCCACAUUUUUUACAUUAUGUAACUGUUCUUAUGUAAUUUUUGAGAUGUGACACCCUGUAUAUUAUGUACAAGAUGUUUAGUCUAACAUUGAAUUGUAUAUAACCAGCUAUCCACUUGAAAAAUCAAUUUGACCUUUUAUAGGAAGAUUAUUUUAAUAUAAAAUAUUUUAGAUACAACGUUAUACCUCUUUAAUCGUUGAUUCUCUGUUCUAAGAAUAGAUAUAUUUUUUUGUAACAUAGUUCUUUUACAAAGUAGCUAAUAAUCAAAUAAUUGACUAAUCAACUUACACAGAGAAACGAGUAUUGUAUGUAAAAUAUUAAAAUAACGUUUUUAUUUUCAUAUCUCACACAUACUAAAACAUUUUAAUUUAUCGGUAAAAUUUUAAUUUUAACCAAAGGACAUUGUGUCCUCAUUUUUAAACCUUUACUUUUAUUGCAUUAAAGUAAAUAAAAUAUACGAAACAUAAGUUUUUUAUGUGCUAACAGUAGUACUAGUGAAUAUAAUUAAAUUCAUAAUUAGUACAAUUACCAAGUAAUACAUAAUAUGAAAAAUGUUAGUAUUCUGAAUGCUGCACUUAAAAAAAAAGAAAAUUGCAGUUUUAAUUAUGCUACCAAGUAGUAAUUAUUAUAAUAUAUAAUUAAGAAACAAAUGUUUGCAAUAUUUCAAAAGUUUCAAACAAUGAACAAAUAAUUUCAAGAAGAUAACAUAAUAAACUACUACUAGAUCUCUAACCAGACAAAGAAGAACAUACAAAUAAAGAAAAAAACUUUUACAAACUUUAUACAAAAAAAUAUGGUUACCAUAUCAUUGUCUAAUUAUUAAAAGAAGUAUCUAUUAAUUAUGCUUUUUUAUAAAAUUGUAUGAAACAAAGAAUUGUUAAGAUAUUUUUGUAAAUAUUUUAUUUAAAUUCAAAUAUAUUUGUAUGAAUUUCUUGGAGGAAAGAAAAUGGGCUAAUAAUUGUAAUAAGAAUUCUGGAAUGUACUACAGGAUGUUAUAGCGAAUUACAAAGGAACCAAUAUUAUAAUAUUUAUAUAAAAAAAAAAAAAAAUA